GUCCAAUUUAAAAUUCUGGGAGGACACAGUGAUACUGUGAGCUCCUGCCAUUUUUGCUUUGAAGACACAAAAAUACUUUCAUGCUCUUACGAUAGAACAAUGAAGCUCUGGGAUGUUGAGAAAGGUUUUCCUAUUCAAGUUUUUGAAGAAGAACACACCGCCCCAAUUUCUGAGUGCAACCUGACUGCUGAUGACAAAAGAGUGGUAACAUCAUCAUAUGAUAACACUGUCAAGGCUUGGGAUAUGGAAACAGGAAAGAGGCUUUGGACAGUAGAACAUGGAGGCAUUGUAACUUCAUGUAAUAUUUCUUGUGAUGGUAGAUAUGUGGUAUCUAGUUCAGACAAAGAAAAUGACAUACAUGUUUUUGAUGCAAUGAGUGCAACAGUAGUGGCACGUAUCCAAGGUCAUCACAAAAGUACAAUCACAAGAUGUUGUCUUGACCCUGAUAACCAAAGAGUGACUUCAGUAUCAUAUGAUAAGACUAUAAAGCUAUGGGAUAUGAUAACACAAUCCACUUCAAUUACAAUUAAUGAGGGACACAGCAAUGCUAUCUCAGAUUGCUGCUUUACCUCUGAUGGUCAUUACUUAUGCACAGCAUGGGACAAAAGCUUAAAAAUAUGGGACAUAAAGACAGGAGAAUUCCAGUGUCAUGAACCUGUUUCCUUGAACCAAGGGCAUGAGGGUUCUGUUAGUUCCUGCCUUUUUAGCCAAGAUGCAUCACUUGUUGUGUCUGGUGGAUAUGACAAAUCUAUAGCUAUAUGGGAUACAGAGGCAGGCUAUAAAAAGCUAAGCUUAAAGGGUCAUUGGGACUGGGUGACAGAUGUUGCAAUUAGCAAAAACAAUAAAUGGAUUCUUUCAGCCUCAAAGGAUUCUACUUUGAGAUUGUGGAAUAUUGAAAAGAUGGAUCAUAUUGCUUCAGUGAUAGAAAGCAGAAAAGCAAGUGGCUCAAAAAUUGCUCAGUGUGAAGAAUGUGAAAAACCUUUCUUAUGCCUGCCAUGUAGUGACUCUGAAAUUAUGUCCAAGUGUGUAUUCUGUCGUCUGUCUUCUCCAGUGAGAAAAAAUUUGUCAUUCCCACCUUCUGUUUCUCCUGAUUUUUAA